AUGUUUAUUCGGAUUUUACUUGUGUUAAACUUUAUUGCUGGAGUUCGAGGUCUGACCCCUGCCGAGUUACAGCAGUGCACGGCAAACCUGGCGUGUAGUAUCGACUACAAAGAUGUGUUCCAGACUAAGUUAGAUAACGCCACUCACAUCGUGGAGCUCGAGCUUGAAAUACUCAGGCACCAGACCAACAACUUGAUUUUACCACUUGAAGCGCGGGUUAAUUCGCUUGAAGCUAACCAUAGCCAGCAGACGACCACCACAAACGCUGUGUUAGGCAAGUUACAGAAUGAUGUAAACUACGACAGACAAUACCUGGUCAAUCUAACACAGGGGUUGUAUAUCCUAAAUGAUGAGUUCCACCGAGAGAACAUGAUCCGGUACCAAGAUGUGCACAAACUCGUUCUUGAGCUCAACACGGCCAAAAACGAUAUCGCCACCCUUCAGACAGCUGUGAAAGCGUUACUCGGUCACAACUUGACGGCAAAUCAAAUCGUUGGCUCGCUUGGAACUGCUUCUUGCGCAGACAAGGAUUCUGAAAUAGCACAGAUGAAAAACAACCUUACAUAUUAUAUGAAUGCUUUAACGUCCACAAACAAGGCCUUGGAAAAUGUUCGAGCACUAGAAACAUUCCUUCAGUCACAGGUAGUUCAACUGAAGGCAAACUUGACCAAAGCAGAAUCUGUAAAUCAUAUAAAAGACAACCUUAUAGUGAGCCUUCAAAAUCAACUAAGGGCUGCACAGCUGAAUGUCCCGACAGUACCACCGCCAGGAACGUGUGAGGAUGCAUUGGGUAUGAAGAAUGGUAAGAUUGCAGACUCUUCGAUAACUGCCAGUGAAAGUCAGCCUGGGUAUGGUCCGGAGCACGCGAGACUGGACAACGGUCAAGGCUGGUACACGCCCGAGAGGUCCAGCAGUCAGGAUUAUCUACAGAUAGACACUGGCUCUAUGCAUUACAUUACUAAGGUUGCUACACAGGGUGCUCCAUGCUGUGACGUUAUGGUGACAAAUUACACACUGCAAUAUUCUACAGAUGGUGUCAACUGGAAAGACUAUAGAAAAGACUGUGCUUUACAGUAUUUGACAGGCAACAGGGACACAGUAACUGUGGUAGAACAGAAACUGGCUGAACCAGUGCUAGGAAGAUUUAUACGCUUCAAUGUGAAAAACUUCAAGACAAAUGGGGCCUCGAACUAUGUUGGCAUGAGGGUGGAAUUGUAUGGCUGUAAAAAGAACUAA